UAUUCACAAAAACUGUCAAAAUCUGCAAAAAAAUAUUCGUUAUUUUUAAGUAACCAUUUUUUUUGUUUGUUUGUUUUUUUGAGACCAAUUAAAGUGAUAGUUCAGUUCAGGCGAUAGCAAAUUGUGUCAAACAAAUUGCAAAGAGAGACAAAUGCAUUUCUGUCUUAUCAAACAAUUACUAGUCUUAUGUCUGGUCGGCUCUACUGUUGUUGUUGUCCAGUGUUUGCCGGGUUUGCAAUCAACGUCAUCGUUGUCAUCAUUAUCAUCAGUGGUGACCACCAUCACCACCACCACCAACAACACAAGUGGACAUCAAACUCAGCAUAGACUGGUUCGACGAGAGGAUGCCGACGCUCAAUGCAAUACAAUAAAUUUCGCUGUAACCAAGUGUAUUGCGGAUAAAUGGCCACAAAACUCUCGGGGGCUAAACCUAUAUAAAGACAACUUUCCAGCACCCACUGACAAAUUGUGUUGUCAAUCGCUACAGUUUUACUGUUCAUUUAACAAACUGUUGGAUGACAAAGUGUGCACACAUGAUAAACUAGACUCCAAUAUACAGAAUACCAAGAAAAUGGUAGACAAUUGCCGACAAAAAGGUAUCCAACCGACCGAUCAAAUGUGUAGACCAUUGGAGACCACACCCACUGCCGGUGUAUCGGAAAUGUGUAACAAAUAUUUGUGUUACGACAGUCAGAGUUCUGGUGAGGGCGGUAGUGGUGGCGGUAGUGGUAGCGGUAGUGGUGGCGGUAGUGGUAGCGGUAGCGGUAGUGGUAGCGGUAGUGGUGGCGGUAAUGGUGGCGGUAGUGGUGGUGGCGGUAGUAGUGGCGGUAGUGGUGGUGGUGGUGGUGGCGGUAGUAGUGGCGGUAGUAGUGGCGGUAGUGGUGCUAACGAAGCUCCAGCACAACCGACCAGCAAUUCAACGGUUAGUUCAACGGCUGCUACCCGUCCUCAGAGCCUGACUGUCACAAGACGGUUAAUCGGAAGUUUAAAGCCCAGUUAUAAAAUAGUGUUUUUUCAACGGAAAAUGCUUGUUUUGGUCCUAAAUAACAUAUUCCGAUAAAAAUAAAAGUGCGGAAACACCUAAAACCUACUAAAAACUGGCCUAACAUACCUGACCUGACAUACAUAGCAUAACAUUAUUAUUACAGUACAGUAAAAUCCAGCUAACUCGGUGCGCAUGAUCUACAAAAUUUAUACUGUUAAUGCUAUAGAGAAUAAGACCAUACUAUCCUCACACGUUCAUACAGAAAUAUAUUGUUUUAUCGUAAUACAAGUCAAAUAUUUUAAAAUUACGGUUAGCAUCAAUAUCUUGUGACCACUUGUGACCAAAUAAAUUUUUAAAUGAUUUAUAUGUAAUUUUUA